AGGACAUCUAUUAUUACUGAAGGCCUCAACAGGGCACGUGCUCUAAGUCAGUAGCGGGACACAGACCUGAUGACGAUACAACCAUGGAUGAAGAGGAAGCUCUGAAUUCUAUUAUGAAAGAUCUCGCAGCCCUGGGCAAAUGCGGGGGCUUCUUGGACAGCAACAGAAAUAAAAACCAUUCUAACAAACAGUUGCGGAACGCCAGGAUCAAGUUUGAGCAUGAUGGAGAAAAAAGGAUUAUCCAGUUCCAGAGGCCAGUUAAGUUCAAAGAAGUUUUACAGAAAGUCAUGGAUGCUUUUGGGCAGAUGAUGGAUUUGCAUUAUGCCAGCAACGAGCUCCUGAUUCCCCUGAAAUCCCAGGAAGAUUUGGACCGGGCGGUGGAACACUUGGACCUGAGCCCUUCUCUGAAAAGCCUGAGAGUGUUUGUGAAGACGCCAAAGGAAAUGAAUCCUCUGCAAGCCAACAAUACCAAGCAGCAUGAGAUAAGGAUAUCUAAAUCCAUGGGAGAUAUACUGGGAUCUCUGUAUAAAGACACCGAGAGGACACGAAAGCACUCAACAGGCUCUCUGCACACUGGUCGAAGUUCUCCACCUCCCGGGAGUGUUCCUGAAGAGCAGCAGCAGAUCGCUCGCCAGGGAUCGUACACCAGCAUCAACAGCGAAGGAGAGUUCAUCCCCGAAACGAUGGACCAAAAUUUGUUGGACCCAUUUAUUAGCCCGGACGACUCACUUUCUGGUAGCUGUCAGUCCCUGGACAGAUCCAUAGACAGUCCACCUUUCAGCCAAACACCUGUUUCAAGAAGGAAGAGAGAAACCAAGGACAGCUUGGAGUGUUUAGAUUUCGAUAUUCCGUUUUGUGAGCGAGGGAAAGGGGGCACCUUUCCGAGGCAGUAUCAUCUCUCUCAGAGUCGCAAGGAUUACAAUGACGGCCGAAGGACGUUCCCCAGAAGUUACGCUCCUCCAGAGAACCUGUUUCAGCUUCUGCCUUCCAGCCGGACGAAGAGCUUCAAUGGAGACAACAAACUCAUCACCUUGCGGUACGAGGAACGUGGGAGCAACAAAUGGUGGCACAAUUGUGACAAGAUCUUUCAAGGCUUUGGCUCUUCUCCUGCCAAGACCAGGAAAUCACUGCAGGCCCCCGUGAACUGGAGGCUUGGAAAGUUGCUGGGCCGAGGAGCCUUUGGGGAAGUCUACCUCUGCUACGAUGUUGACAUUGGACGGGAGCUCUCGGUGAAGCAGGUGCCUUUUGACCCCGACAGCCAAGAGACCAGCAAAGAAGUCAAUGCCUUGGAAUGUGAGAUCCAGCUGCUUAAAACCCUCCAUCACGAAAGAAUAGUGCAAUAUUACGGCUGUCUCCGUGAUCCGGAGGAGAGGAAGUUGUCCAUCUUUGUGGAAUACAUGCCCGGGGGUUCCAUCAAAGACCAGCUAAAAGCCUACGGUGCCUUGACAGAGAACGUGACUCGUAAAUACACGAGGCAGAUCCUACAAGGGGUUUUCUAUCUCCACAGUAACAUGAUUGUACACAGAGAUAUUAAAGGUGCCAACAUUUUGAGAGAUUCUGUUGGGAACGUGAAACUAGGAGACUUCGGGGCCAGCAAACGCAUUCAGACCAUCUGCAUGUCUGGAACGGGGAUGAAAUCUGUCACGGGAACUCCCUACUGGAUGAGCCCUGAGGUCAUCAGCGGAGAAGGCUAUGGAAGGAAGGCUGAUGUAUGGAGCUUGGGCUGCACCGUGGUAGAAAUGCUGACUGAGAAGCCGCCCUGGGCAGAAUUUGAAGCCAUGGCUGCCAUUUUCAAGAUCGCGACUCAACCCACAAAGCCCCAGCUUCCAGACGGGGUGUCGGACUACUGCCGCAACUUUCUCAAGCUGAUCUUCGUAGAAGAAAAGCGGAGGCCCACGGCAGAAGACCUUUUGCGGCACCCAUUUGUGAACUUCAGCCUCUAGCAGGCACUGUGGUGGGAAGACAAGGAGAGACCGAAGCGUUCGCGCCCGAACAAAGGUGUGAGCGGCAAAAGAGACCUGCGUGCUUCUCCAUCCAACCUCACUUGGGUUGCUCCUACCUGUGCUGCGUUGUUUUCCAUCGUGCCUCACGGGCCAGGCCGUUUUUUGCAGGGCCUGAGCUGGACUCUCUGGAAGAUCCAUGAAAAGGAGGCUUUGGGAAACAGGUGAUGCCGCUAAUGGGGCUGUGUUGCCUUGUGAAUAUUGGCAGAAUAUUGUUUGUGUAGUUUUUAAAGAGAAUUGAAUGGAUUUGACCAGCCACCAAGGAACAAGAUGAAGGAAGUUGGUAGACUCUUGAGCCCACCUCUUGGGUAAACUUGCCGAAAUCACAGGGCGCCCUUCAGAAGGAGUUUGGUGCUUCCCUGCCAAUCGAUAGCUUUGAAAGGGGAGCUCAGAUGAACCACCUUUCCAGGAUCCUUUGAAAAAGGAAAAACCACGAUUCAUAGAAUCACUUACAAAACAAUCACCUUGAACAGAAGGCUAGGGAAAUUUAGAAGCAUUCCUAAAAAGGAAGAAAAAAAGUUACAUCCAAAUCACUAUAAUAUGUGUUGAAUAUUUUGCUGAAAAUUCCCCAUGAUGGGGAUGGCAGUUGCCUGCCGUUGCCAAGUUUCAGGGCUUACGUUUAGAAAUCUUCUAAAAUCACAAAAUUGUUAAAGAUGGCAGACUCAUCCCUUGCUUCACCCAGCAUGGUUGUAGAAGGAUAAAUUAAAUAUCAAGGCUUCUGGGCAGAAGAUAUGAAAAAGCUUUUCCACCAAAUGGCAUUCUACAAUUAUUUACGUAUAGAAUACCAGCGUUGACUUCAUUAAUUGGUUGGGUGAAGGGAUGGAUUAUUUUACCAAGCAAACAGUUGUCCUUUAAUUUGUGAUCAACUUAUUUAUUUAUUUAUUUUUAAGCAAAGUAGAUACUUAUUAAAAAAACAAAAACAGUUUUCAGAGUAGAAAAGUUUUCCCUGGUGGGCCAGCUGAAUGCAUCAUGUGAAAUGAUGCCCGUUUAUCUGAGCUUGAUGAAUGAAAGAAUUGUUUGAUCCAAUAUGAUGAUCGACUCAAUUUACUGUAAUUUAGUGCAGUGUUUCUCAACCUCUGCAACUUUAAGAUGUGUGGACUUCAACUCCCAGAAUUCCUCAGCCAGCAUGAAAUGUGCGAGAUUUGUUCAGGAUGGACAUAGCAUGGCUGGCUGGGGAAUUCUGGGAGUUGAAGUCCACACGUCUUAAAGUUGCCAAGGUUGAGAAACACUGACUUAGUGACAGCCCUAAUGCUUUACCAAAUGCCCCCAAAUUGUGUACGGAUUUCGCAUAUCAACACUGCCCAUUCUCUCUUCAGUGGUCCAAGCAUACAGAUACUGUAGAAUAGGGGAAAGGACAUGAAAAGCCGGAUUAAAACGUUUUCAGCCUUGGAAGAGGCAUUUCCAUGGGGGCGAGCAAGCUUUCAGUGCAAAAAGAGAUCAGAUGUAUCAGGCAAAGUGUGUCUGGAUUGGUGCAAAAAGGAAGAGAUCUACUAGGUUACUAGCCAAUCAGAGCCAAAUCAUCUUCUCUGCCAUUCAGUUCCCUGGUUGGUUGAUGCUGCUAAUUGCUGGUUUGAAACUUUCUCAGAAGCUAAUGAUUCCUGUGGUGGUAUUAUUAUAUUUUCUCUCACCACCGACCCAGAUUCUGAGCUAAGACCUGUGCGGUUUAAGUCCUUGUGUAUUUUAAGCAAAUGUGUGUAUUUGGCAUAUAUUUUGCUUAGUUUACAUUCUGUCUUCUGUGAUGAUGGGAAAUCUAGUUAUAUAUCAUGCCGAGACUUCAUCCUCAGAAAACGAUUUCUGUGUUCCGUUUGAUUCUUCACUUCUCUA